CUCUCUCAGACUGGGAGCCCCUCAGUGUUACUGGUUUAUGCUGUAUAUGUUACUUAUACAAUCACUGAUUGGGCAGAAGUGCGGGAUUACUUGGCUUUAUAGUAAUAAUAAUAAUAAUAAUAAUGCUGCAGCACAACUCACAGGCACCAGAAAUGAGCGGAAGGGGGAGGAGCGCAAGCAGGAAGUGCGUAGCCGCUCAGGUGGUAUUGGCGGAAGUAGAGAGGAAUCCCGGAAGUAGGCCAGGCAGACGGGCAGGGAUGGGGCCGGCGGAGCGGCUGCUGGGAACCUUCCUGCUGUUACUGAGCCUCACUGCCCGACGCACAGAGUCGGCGCUGGAAGCCAAACAAGAAGUCCCUAUCACGCAGUGCUGGAUGGCAGAGGAGUUUAUAGUCUCCAGAGAGUGUUACAGUUGUACUGAGUUUGAAACUAAAACAAUAACAGAGUGCAGCAACACCGGGUUCAUUGAGCAGGUCAACUGCGCCGUGUCCAAGCGAGCGGAUUAUAAGAGCUGCCGCUCUGUAGAGAUGGAGAAGCAGGUAUUCUGGAAGUUCGUGGGCGGCGUAAUGGGGGUCACGGUGCUCUUUUCCCUCCUCGUCACCUACAGACAGCGCACCCUGGAUCUGCGGGCGCUCGAGAAAGUGCGCAAACAAAUAGAAUCCAUUUAACCCCCAGUUGGACAGGCCCCAUAAUAUGAACACAGGGGGGGGCUCGGAGUGGGACCGGGGGGAUCGUUCUGCUUUGGCACCGGAUCUGGGCUCUCAGUGUCCCCACUCUGUCCCCCAAUCAUAUGACUUUGUACUGUACCCCCCCCGAGUACCCAGCACCCAGCGACGGGCGACACAUGGAGCGGCACGGGGAACGGCUGCACAUCUCUGGCACAUAUUUAUAUCCUGCUCCCCCUGGUGGGAACGGAUCCUAUUUUAUUUUUUUUUAAUGUGGAAAUAAACAACUUCAUUGUUACUCA